CAACGAUCUCUGACUUCGUCGCUACUUCCACAUCCGGCCGCUGGAAUAUCUCAACGACACCGGUUCAUAUCGCAUGUUCCACGUUGUGAAUCAGUAUUGUGAUCUGGAGAAACUGGCCAAAAAUGAGCAGAAAGCGGCGCUGCAUAAAGCACGCAAAAUGGAACUGGACUAUCUGGCUAUGAUUUGGUUGUCCAUUUGGGAUCCGCGACUGGAAGCCAAUGUGUGGCAGCUGCAGGAGAUGGCCAUGACUGACUGGUUCUUCUCUCGGACGGGGUGGAGCAAUGCCAUUGGGGUGCGUGAAUUGCUGACCCAGAACGAAGUGUACGCUAUGGAUAGUUUGUGGGAUCACCGAGCGAAGCAGCGAGAAAAAGAGAACGAGGACGACGCGCAAGAAGCGGAGGAGUUGGAAGAUUGGGUGCGAUCCGGUGUGUCGGACGCGGUGUCCAGUCGUUUUAGCGAGAGUGGGAUCGUGCACCAUUGAUAUGUCGAGUGUGAUAACAUAAUAUGUUCGUGGAAUUCAAUAAUUUGCAUUUGUUCGUGGAGUUUGGCUAACCGUAAGUCCGAAGCGAUAUGUCGGUUUGUGGAAUUCGAUCAAAUUUUGUGUUUUCAUAUAUUUAUUGCAGAUUAUCGUAGCGCAAUUGUAUUACUCUACGCCAUCUUGUUGCUUAUCAUCAAACUGUAUACGCCCUGCAGGUAAUCGAUCCCUUCUAUUUCUUCAGUUUUGCCCUAAAACAGAUACAUCUGAUCGUAAAUUGUAGCUUUGGAAAACAUAGGAUUCCAGUUGUAUAUCGAAUAUUUGUCCUCCUCCUCUUGGUUCUGAAAUCGUUGUUUAUUCAUCCUGGCUGCAAUUAAAUUUCUGGGAUUAAUAUCGGCGGCAAUGGUAAACUUAACAAAAUUGCUUAAGGACGGAUAGACUCAAUCACCAUCUCUUGUCAAUACGAUUUUGGUUGAGAUACUAAAAUGAAACAUCGUACCUAUUCGUUUUAGUAAUUAUUUUACGGUAUAACUGCCUUACUCUGUGAAACGAAGAAAUUUGCAAAAUACUGUGAAGCUAAGAUGGCGUGCUGGGAGUGCGAGUACGCUGAUGGAUGGUGAAAUUCAAAAUGGGCCUUCUCGGGAUGAAACUGAACUCCAUAAAAUGGAUAUUGCAGAUCUACCAAUAAAAAUUAUCCAGAUAAUUGGUAAAAACGUUUAGUUACAGUAUCUUUUCAGUUAAAUCCAAGAUUUCUAACAGGGAACAAUCCUCAUACCCUCUACCGCAGCUAUAAAGGUCACUCCGUCUUGCGCGGUAGAAUACGAAGUCGGGCGCAGUUUAUCUUUUAAACCGGAAGCAGAAAAACUUGCUGGUGUAAGGCAUUUCCUGUGGGAAUUUGCUGUACUGCUUUCAUUGGCUAGAAUAUCCGUAACUUCUUUUGA